GCCCGUCGUGCUGAAACAAACCGCUGGGCGUUAUGGAAACCUACCCGAUCAGCGAAAUGGUCACCUGCUUCUCGAGAGAAACUGGAUCAAGUGGAGAACUCAAAUCCCUCACGUCCAGUUUGAGAAUCCCAUAUCACGCAGCUUCUAGAUGUUCAGCUGCGAUGUUUUAACUUGCAAUCCUCGCUGAAAGCGCGAAGUCCGUGCACCACCAUCGUGGCUCGAAACCAGCAAAAUCGGCGCUCCUCUUCUCCACACAUGUCCCCGAGCAAUUGGAGUGCACGCAACUUCAAUCGUCACAUUAGCAAACCAAAAUCGGAAGGCACGUUCACGAUUCGAUUUCCACACCCAGAUUUUCUCACAGGCCACAAGGAAACUCGAAGUGCCUUUCUGUCUUCCUCCAUGCCUCGUGCGCCAUACCCAAACCCAAACCCGUGGUUCCCGUACACAUCAGUCUAGCAAAGGCGGAAAUUGAAUGAACACUCGACGCUGCCUAAAUCGGGGAAUAUCACGAUCGUCGCGGAGAUCGAAAGCCGGGCAGGGACUGCGGGGGCCGCCGAGACGAGGGUUCGGAGCAUGCGCUGUCAGGCCGGUCCGUGUUCGAGCUCGACGAGGGGCAGAUCGGUGGCGGAUGGUUCGAAUGCUGACAUCCCGCCCGAGCAAGACACGGUGCGCUGCUAGAGCGGAGGAGACGUUCGAGCUCUGGAAGACGUUCGAUCGGCUGCCGUUGCCGCUGGUCCGCUCCCGAGACGGCCGCGGUCCAAGAACGUGCGCGGAUCUCAUUCUCGAGGCGGGGCUCGAGUGUCUGCGUCUGUGUCGAGUGGCGUGGGCGGAGCAACGAUGCAGCAGCAGCAGCCGGCGGGCCCAGUUCAGCAGCAGCAGCAGGGAGGCUCGCCGCCACCAGUCGUCAAGCUGCUCGAAUUGCGCCCUUCGGUGAACAGCACCGUCAAUACGCAGUUCAUAAUUCUCGAGAAGGGGCAGUCGUCGCGGCUCAAUGAGGGCGGCCCCAUGGUCUGCGUUGCUCUCGUGGCCGAUGCCACCGCUGCCGUGCAUCUGCAGUUGUGGGGCAAUGAGUGCGAUGCCUUCAAUCCGAGCGACAUCAUCCGGCUCACCAAUGGGCUCUUCUCCUAUCACAAGAAUAACAUGGUCCUCCGAGCGGGGAAGAAAGGAUCUAUGGAGAAGAUAGGCGAUUUUUCCAUGGUGUUUGUGGAGAAUCCGAAUAUGAGUAGGCUCCAGUGGGUGCAGGAUCCGACCACAAAGCUCUGGAUGCCUGUUGGGUUGGGCCAGCAAGCGUCUGGAGCAUUGUUGAGAAAUCCCAGUGGUGGAAUGCAUCACGAGAGGUACUGACAAAUUGUUACCAAAGGUUCGAUCUUAAGUUCGAUCUGUAUAGUAUAAUUGUGCAAUUGUGCGAGUUUAGUGUGCGCUGAAGGCACUGUCAGAGUACAGCCGACAAUCAGAGGGAAUCCUUCCCGAAAUUUUAUGACACAGUGGAAAUCAUGAUCUUGGAUUCUGAAUUCUUCUUCUGUGAAGUUUUCUUAAUCGAGUUUUGGUACUCCGGUGGAUGCGGAAAAUGCUGAAUGAAGUCAGAAUUGAGUACAAACGAAAGCAUUUGAUGUCGUACCAUAUCUUUACACUUUUCUCUCGAGGCUUGUCCUCGGCUGUUGUCACAUGUCCAUCACCACUUCAUCCGCACAUAAUCUUUCACCGUCCAAUUGCUCAAUCGCGGUUUGAAAGUUCAUGUCAAUCGUCAGAUCGAGAGUGAACUGAGACAUGGUGGAAUGGUCUAUUAAGCUUCACGGAAUUUGAUCGCGAGAUUUCGUCACGGAGAUGUCCUUAACGUUUCGGAUUGCCCUCUGCUCCCCGCUCAAUCAUCAAAACUCACCGCGCGUGGACAUUCAUUUGUUAUUAAUUUCAAAUUGGCAGCAUCUGCACAAAAUUCUCGUUCCUGCGAACAUAUCUUGGAUACAUUCUCGCAUCUACCAACAAGUUGCCAUUCUAACCAGCUGUAUCCAGAUACAACCAUUUUAAGUUUCAUUAUAGUGAAACUGUGUAGCGG